ACAUUCUUAGCAUCGCUCGCGCCGCGCCGCGCCGCCCGAGCCGAGCCGAGCCUCUGCAGCCGCCGCCGCGGCCCCGCCGCCCGCCGCGGGCGCCCACCAAGCACUUUGCAGACUCGCUUCCACCUUGAGGGCCAGUCCGCGCGGCGGGGCCCGGGCCCGGGGCGGCCGCGUCCGGGGACAGGUCAUGCAGUGAACCCCCCCACCCCGUCCACCUUUGCCCGGAGCCGCGGGCAGCAGCCCAGUGCGCCCAGCCGGCCCCGGGGCAGGAGCGGUGCUAGGCAGGGGUGGGGUGGCCGGCCCGGGGACCGGGAGCCGGGGAGGGAGCCGCGCACCGAGCUGAGGGCGGGGGAAGCGGCGCCGAAGUUUGCCUCGGACGCGCCGGGCGCUGCGGCGGCUCCCUUGGCCGAGGUUUAUUUUCUUGAAAAGGCUCCAGGCUUCGGCUUGGAAAAUCCAACCGCCAAAAUUGAGCCUAGCAGCUGGAGCGGCAGUGAGAGCCCUGCCGAAAACAUGGAAAGGAUGAGUGACUCUGCAGAUAAGCCGAUUGACAACGAUGCCGAAGGGGUCUGGAGCCCCGACAUUGAGCAGAGCUUUCAGGAAGCCUUGGCUAUCUAUCCACCGUGUGGGAGGAGGAAAAUCAUCUUAUCAGACGAAGGCAAGAUGUAUGGUAGGAAUGAAUUGAUAGCCAGAUACAUCAAACUCAGGACAGGGAAGACGAGGACCAGAAAACAGGUGUCUAGUCACAUUCAGGUUCUUGCCAGAAGGAAAUCUCGUGAUUUUCAUUCCAAGCUAAAGGAUCAGACUGCAAAGGAUAAGGCCCUGCAGCACAUGGCCGCCAUGUCCUCAGCCCAGAUCGUCUCGGCCACUGCCAUUCACAACAAGCUGGGGCUGCCAGGGAUCCCACGCCCCACCUUCCCUGGGGCGCCGGGGUUCUGGCCGGGAAUGAUACAAACAGGGCAGCCAGGAUCCUCACAAGACGUCAAGCCCUUCGUGCAGCAGGCCUACCCCAUCCAGCCGGCGGUCACGGCCCCCAUUCCAGGAUUUGAACCUGCAUCAGCCCCAGCUCCCUCGGUCCCUGCCUGGCAGGGCCGCUCCAUUGGCACAACCAAACUUCGCCUGGUGGAAUUCUCAGCUUUUCUCGAACAGCAACGAGACCCAGACUCGUACAACAAACACCUCUUCGUGCACAUUGGGCAUGCCAACCAUUCUUACAGUGACCCAUUGCUCGAAUCAGUGGACAUUCGUCAGAUUUAUGACAAAUUUCCUGAAAAGAAAGGUGGCUUAAAGGAACUGUUUGGAAAGGGCCCUCAAAAUGCCUUCUUCCUCGUAAAAUUCUGGGCCGAUUUAAACUGCAAUAUUCAAGAUGAUGCCGGGGCUUUUUACGGUGUAACCAGUCAGUAUGAGAGCUCUGAAAACAUGACAGUCACCUGUUCCACCAAAGUUUGCUCCUUUGGGAAGCAAGUAGUAGAAAAAGUAGAGACGGAGUAUGCAAGGUUUGAGAAUGGUCGCUUUGUGUACCGAAUAAACCGCUCCCCGAUGUGUGAAUAUAUGAUCAACUUCAUCCACAAGCUCAAACACUUACCAGAGAAAUAUAUGAUGAACAGUGUUUUGGAAAACUUCACAAUUUUAUUGGUGGUAACAAACAGGGAUACACAAGAAACUCUCCUCUGCAUGGCCUGUGUAUUUGAAGUUUCAAAUAGUGAACACGGAGCACAACAUCAUAUUUACAGGCUUGUAAAGGACUGAACAUGGUUAUUUAUAUAUAUAGAUAUCUGUAUAUACACACACACACACACACACACACACACAUAUGUGCGCGCACACACACACUCUCCAUUAUCGAACGACUGACUGUAAACCUCACCACACAAGGGUGGUGCCCCGGCUCUGAGGUCACCCUGACUUUUCUAAAUCCUGUUUGAGUGAAGUCAUUUUUUCAUGUGUUCAUCCUAUCAUUGUAGCUGUGAAGUUCUGGUACAGUUGUAAAAAGAGAAAUCGAGUUGUUUCUAUGUUCUUCAGAUCUGCAGCCCACAAUUCCUCGGCAAAGUUGAACCUUAAGACCCCAAGUCUCUGUCUGCAGAGACCUGUUUUUCUAAUUGUGGUAGAAAAUACUGAGACAGAGCAUUUGCCAUGGGACA